UCUACAUCACAUGAUUAAGUCUACUGGUCAUGUGACCAAAUAUGUCACGCUUGGAUAACAUCAAUCCUGCAGUCUUUGAGACAGCUAGAGACAGAGAGGUACUGCCUGAAGAAGAAGAUGAUGACGUGAACGAUAAAAUCGAUGCUAGAGAAGUGUUUGAUCAUAUCAGGAAUAUUAAUGAUCCCGAACAUCCCCUCACUCUUGAAGAACUAAAAGUGUUACAGCAAGCUCAUGUUACAGUAGAUGAUGAUAAGAACUAUGUAAAAGUAGUCUUCACACCAACUAUCCCACAUUGCAGCAUGGCAACGCUAAUUGGACUGGCCAUCAGAGUGAAGCUACUGCGGUCUCUGCCUAAUAGAUUUAAGGUAGACGUGAUUGUUGAGCCUGGGACCCACGCACAGGAACAAGCAGUCAACAAGCAGCUGUCUGAUAAGGAACGAGUGGCAGCAGCACUGGAGAACAACCAUUUGUUAGAUGUCGUCAAUCAGUGUCUUUCAUCCCAAAAGUGAAGUCUAUUUUAAUUGACUAAUUUGACUGUACUCAAGACCUCAUGACAUUUGAAUAUCAGCGAUUGCCUACCUCACUAACCUAUACAGGAGUGUAGGUUAUGUGCUUGGAAUUACAAUAUAAAUACAAUCUACUGAAUGUCACAAGCAGCGACCGGUCAAUACACUCUCCCUGCAUGUACACCAAUUGCAACAGACUGUUUUGUUAUACUCUAUUCAAAUUUUAUGUUACUCAUCCAAGAUCAUAAAGUUGCUU